CAUUUCAUUCAUUUGUAUAUGUGGCAGUCGAGGGUGGAGGAUUUUUCGUAAUUUUCUCCAAAAGUAGAAAAAAGUUCCAACUCUUAUUUUUUCUUCAUGUAGAAUCUAAAUACAAUUAAGUACGCGAUUUGUGAGGGUCGCUUUUUAUCCGGUUUGGUUUAUUUUGUGCGAGAAAGCCAAUUAUCAUGGCGCAGAUAUUGCCAAUACGGUUCCAGGAGCAUUUACAGCUCACAAAUGUCGGGAUUAACCCUGCAUCCAUCUCCUUCAAUACCCUGACGAUGGAGUCGGAUAAGUUCAUCUGUGUGCGGGAGAAAGUGGGGGAGACGGCCGAGGUGGUGAUCAUCGACAUGGCGGACCCCACCAAUCCCAUCCGACGUCCCAUCAGUGCAGACUCAGCUAUUAUGAACCCUGCCAGUAAGGUCAUCGCACUGAAAGGGAAGGCUGGAGUGGAAGCAGCCCAAAAGACCCUCCAGAUAUUCAAUAUCGAAAUGAAAUCCAAGAUGAAGGCUCACACCAUGACAGAGGACGUCGUGUUCUGGAAGUGGAUCUCUCUGAACACUCUAGCGCUGGUGACGAAGAUGUCGGUGUACCAUUGGUCCAUGGAGGGAGACUCGACGCCCGUGAAGAUGUUCGACCGGCAUUCUUCACUCGCCGACUGCCAGAUCAUCAACUACCGCACUGAUCCGAAGCAGCAGUGGUUGCUGCUUGUCGGUAUCUCAGCGCAACAGAACCGCGUUGUGGGCGCUAUGCAGCUGUACUCUGUGGAGCGUAAGUGCUCUCAGCCGAUCGAGGGCCACGCUGCGUCCUUCGCCACCUUCAAAGCCGAGGGCAACGCGGAGCCUUCCACGCUGUUCUGCUUCGCCGUACGCACCGCGCAGGGUGGCAAGCUUCAUAUCAUCGAGGUCGGCCAAACGCCAGCGGGUAACCAGCCGUUCCCGAAGAAAGCAGUGGACGUCUUCUUCCCCGCGGAGGCUCAGAACGACUUCCCCGUUGCCAUGCAGGUGUCGCCCAAGUAUGACGUCAUCUACCUCAUCACCAAAUACGGCUACAUCCACAUGUACGACAUCGAGACCGGGACGUGUAUCUACAUGAAUAGGAUCUCGUCAGACACCAUUUUUGUCACCGCGCCGCACGAAGCCAGCGGCGGGAUUAUCGGCGUGAACCGCAAAGGGCAGGUGCUAUCAGUGACGGUGGAAGAGGACUCGAUCGUGGCGUACAUCAACACGGUGCUGCAGAACCCCGAGCUGGCGCUGCGGCUGGCGGUGCGCAACAACCUCGCCGGCGCGGAGGAGCUGUUCGUGAGGAAGUUCAACAUGCUGUUCACCAACGGACAGUACGGCGAGGCGGCCAAGGUAGCAGCGAUGGCGCCGCGCGGUAUCCUGCGCACCCCGCAGACGAUCCAGCGCUUCCAGCAAGUGCCGACGCAGCCGGGGCAGACCUCCCCACUGCUGCAGUACUUCGGGAUACUGCUCGACCAGGCGCAGCUCAACAAGUUUGAGUCCCUCGAGCUGUGCAGACCCGUGCUCUUGCAAGGUCGCAAGCAACUCCUGGAGAAAUGGCUGAAGGAGGAGAAGUUGGAGUGCUCCGAGGAGCUGGGAGACUUGGUGAAGCAGGUGGACCCCACGCUGGCGCUGUCGGUGUACCUGCGGGCCAACGUGGCAAGCAAGGUCAUACAGUGCUUCGCGGAGACUGGCCAGUUCCAGAAGAUCGUGCUCUAUGCUAAGAAGGUGGGGUACACGCCGGACUACAUAUUCCUGCUGCGGUCGGUGAUGCGCACGAGUCCCGAGCAGGGCGCGGGCUUCGCCGGCAUGCUGGUGGCGGAGGACCCACCCCUCGCGGACAUCAAUCAGAUCGUCGACGUCUUCAUGGAGCAGAACAUGGUGCAGCAAUGUACGGCGUUCUUGCUCGACGCGUUGAAGAAUAAUCGUCCUGAAGAGGGGCCUUUACAGACUAGGCUGCUGGAGAUGAACCUGAUGUCGGCCCCGCAAGUGGCGGACGCGAUCCUGGGGAACGCGAUGUUCACGCACUACGACCGCGCGCACGUGGCGCAGCUGUGCGAGAAGGCGGGGCUGCUGCAGCGCGCGCUCGAGCACUACACCGACCUCUACGACAUCAAGCGCGCCGUCGUCCACACACACCUCCUCUCCGCCGAAUGGCUGGUGAACUACUUCGGCUCUCUCUCCGUGGAAGACUCUCUGGAAUGCCUCAAGGCGAUGCUGCAAGCGAACAUCAGACAGAACCUCCAGAUUUGCGUACAAAUCGCCACCAAGUACCACGAGCAACUGACUACCAAAGCGCUCAUAGAACUCUUCGAGAGCUUCAAGACGUAUGAGGGGCUGUUUUACUUCCUCGGCUCCAUUGUCAACUUCAGUCAAGAUCCUGAGGUCCACUUCAAGUAUAUUCAGGCCGCGUGUAAGACCGGCCAGAUCAAGGAAGUGGAGCGCAUCUGCCGCGAGUCCAACUGCUACAACGCGGAGCGCGUCAAGAACUUCCUGAAGGAGGCGAAGCUGCCUGACCAGCUGCCGCUGAUCAUCGUGUGCGACCGGUUCGACUUCGUGCACGACCUCGUGCUCUAUCUCUACAGGAACAGCCUGCAGAAGUACAUCGAGAUCUACGUACAAAAGGUGAACCCGUCCCGCCUACCGGUGGUGGUGGGCGGUCUCCUGGACGUGGACUGCGCCGAGGACAUCAUCAAGAACCUCAUCCUGGUGGUGCGCGGGCAGUUCUCCACUGAUGAGCUCGUCGCCGAAGUCGAGAAGAGGAACAGGUUGAAGUUGCUGCUGCCGUGGCUGGAGACCCGCGUUCACGACGGCUGCACGGAGCCCGCCACACACAACGCGCUCGCCAAGAUAUACAUCGACUCCAACAACAACCCCGAGCGGUUCCUCAAGGAGAACCAAUGGUACGACUCUCGCGUGGUCGGGCGCUACUGCGAGAAGCGCGACCCUCACCUGGCGUGCGUGGCGUACGAGCGCGGGCAGUGCGACCGCGAGCUCAUCGCCGUGUGCAACGACAACUCGCUGUUUAAGACGCAGGCGCGCUACCUCGUGCGCAGGCGCGACCAGGACCUAUGGCUCGAGGUGCUCAGCGAAGCCAACCCCUACAAGAGGCAGCUGAUUGACCAGGUGGUACAAACAGCCCUCUCGGAGACGCAAGACCCAGAGGACAUCAGCGUGACAGUGAAGGCGUUUAUGACGGCCGACCUGCCCAACGAGCUGAUCGAACUGCUCGAGAAGAUCGUGCUCGACAACUCGGUCUUCUCGGACCACCGGAACCUGCAGAACUUGCUUAUUUUGACAGCGAUCAAGGCGGACCGGUCCCGCGUGAUGGAGUACAUCAACCGGCUGGACAACUACGACGCGCCCGACAUCGCAAACAUCGCCAUCAACAACGAGCUCUACGAGGAGGCCUUCGCGAUCUUCAAGAAGUUCGAUGUCAACACCUCUGCUAUACAGGUGUUAAUCGAGCAAGUGAAAGACUUGGAGCGCGCAUACGAGUUUGCUGAACGCUGCAACGAGCCCGGAGUAUGGUCGCAGUUGGCCAAGGCCCAGCUCCAACAGGGGCUGGUGAAGGAAGCCAUCGACUCGUACAUCAAGGCCGACGACCCUUCGGCGUACAUGGAUGUGGUCGCCACAGCCACGCAAGAGCAGUCAUGGGAUGACCUCGUCAGAUACUUGCAGAUGGCCCGCAAGAAGGCGCGCGAGUCGUACAUCGAGUCUGAGCUGAUCUACGCGUAUGCGCGGACAGGGCGCUUGGCGGACCUGGAGGAGUUCAUCUCGGGGCCCAACCACGCCGACAUACAGAAGAUCGGCGACCGCUGCUUCGACGACCAAAUGUACAACGCCGCCAAGCUGCUUUAUAACAACGUCAGCAACUUCGCCAGACUCGCCAUCACGCUCGUGCACCUCAAGGAGUUCCAGGGCGCGGUGGAUAGCGCCCGCAAGGCCAACUCGACGCGCACGUGGAAGGAGGUGUGCUUCGCGUGCGUCGACGCCGGCGAGUUCCGGCUCGCGCAGAUGUGCGGCCUGCACAUCGUGGUGCACGCCGACGAGCUCGAGGACCUCAUCAAUUAUUACCAGGACCGGGGUCACUUCGAAGAGCUGAUCGCGCUACUAGAAGCAGCGCUGGGGCUGGAGCGAGCACAUAUGGGCAUGUUCACCGAAUUGGCCAUCCUCUACUCCAAGUACAAGCCCGGCAAGAUGCGCGAACACCUGGAACUCUUCUGGUCACGAGUCAACAUACCAAAGGUCCUCCGCGCGGCGGAGCACGCGCACCUGUGGUCGGAGCUGGUGUUCCUGUACGACAAGUACGAGGAGUACGACAACGCGGCGCUCACCAUGAUGCAGCACCCCACCGAGGCCUGGCGCGAGGGACACUUCAAGGACAUCAUCACAAAGGUGGCGAACAUGGAGCUGUACUACAAAGCCAUCCAGUUCUACCUGGACUACAAGCCGCUGCUGCUGAACGACCUGCUGCUGGUGCUGGCGCCGCGCAUGGACCACACGCGGGCCGUGGCCUUCUUCACCAAGGCGGGCCACCUGCAGCUGGUCAAGGCCUACCUGCGCUCCGUGCAGUCGCUCAACAACAAAGCUGUCAAUGAGGCGCUCAACUCGCUGCUUAUUGACGAGGAAGAUUACCAGGGUCUGCGGACAUCGAUAGACGCUUUCGACAACUUCGACACGAUUGCGCUGGCGCAACAGUUGGAGAAACACGAGCUCACAGAGUUCAGAAGAAUCGCCGCAUACCUCUACAAGGGCAACAACAGAUGGAAGCAGAGCGUGGAGCUAUGCAAGAAGGACGCGUUGUACGCCGACGCUAUGGAGUACGCGUCAGAGUCGCGCCAGCCCGAGGUGGCCGAGGAGCUGCUCAACUGGUUCCUCGAGCGGGACAACUUCGAGUGCUUCUCCGCGUGCCUCUACCAGUGUUACGACCUGCUGAAACCCGACGUGGUGAUCGAGCUGGCGUGGAGGCACAACAUCAUGGACUUCGCCAUGCCUUUCCUCAUUCAGACGGUGCGCGAGCUGACGACGAAGGUGGAGAAGCUGGAGGAGGCGGACGCCAAGCGCAGCACGGAGAGCGCCGAGCACGAGGCCAAGCCCGCCAUGAUGAUGGAGCCGCAGCUCAUGCUCACCGCCGGUCCGUCCAUGGCGUACCCCGGCGUGCCGCCCGCGGCGUCCCCGUACGCGUACGCGGCGCAGGCGCCGUCGCCCGCGCCCUACCACGGCUACGGCAUGUAGGGCUCCGCCUGCGCCCCGGCCGCCGCGCCCGCGGCCUGGGGGUACCACGCGCGCUUCUAGGCCCCUGCUCCCUUGCGUCACCAUACCCGGCGGAGGACAUCCAUACCUCAAUGAAAAUAGCUUGAUUACAUUGGUAUUGUGUCGAUUCGGCCGUCAACCUAUUUUGACAGCACUAAAACUUGCCAUCUCUUUCUCACACAUAUUGUUAGUGAAGGACGGAGCUGUGUAACUAAAAGUAGGUUAAUUUUGUGUCCGAUCUAUGUUACAAAACAUGGGUAGCUAUCGACCAUUACAAACUUGUACGGCUCACUGCCUAAUACGCUGGCAUGACAAAGCUCGAUGAAACGCCAAUACUUAGUUCAUACGAUACUGUUCUGACUACCCCAAUUGGGGAUAUAGCCGUGAACUCACGUGUAAUUAGAAUGACAAUCAGAACAGGGGGUCUAAAAAGGCUAUAAGAAAUUCAUCUAAAAAAAGCAUUUGGGAUUGGCGCGUAUAAAAAAGUAAGUGCGCAAUAUCGACAAAUAUCAAAUAGCAAUAUUGCUUUUUAAGAUUAAUUCAAUGUGACUUUUAGAACCUCAGUAUGUAUUUCCUGAUAUCUCCUUUCAGACUAGGCUGUAUGAUAUCUGUCCUUUUGUUAUAAUACAAUCAAGCUAUUUUUAACGGGGUAUAAAACGACCAGCCUAUAUACACUUGGUAUUAAAUUUCGAAUCCGUAAUCAGUUUAGUCGACUUAACACCUUAAAUGUUAUUUAAUAUUAAUCUUAACUUAUUCCUAUAAACGCAGAUGUGACUUAAAUUGUGUAAAAAUUCAGUCGCUAACGCCUUCUGACUGGAUAUAAAAUGUCGACGUUUGGAAGUUUCGAGUCGAAUUCUUACUAAGUAUAUACAGGCUACGGUCAAAAGCUAUUUGGCGUAAAAGAGCGACACACAGAUUGGAGUCGACAUAGAUUUAGAAUCUAUGAUUUGUUUGUCAAAUGCUAGAAUUCGAUACAAAUUAAAAGCACUUGUAAAUUUUAUGAAUACGAAUAGUUUGAAGCUUGUGGCGUGGCGAUGGGUAGUCUCAUACAAUACGUAUGACUGCAUCUACUUACAUCCCACGUCCAACUUGUUGACUAUGUGACGCAAGCGCGCAAGUUCGAGGUCGCGACGAACCGACUCUGUGGAUUAACGACCUCGACAGUUCAUUACUGCAGUUGUCUUAUAAAUAGUUUAAGUUACACUCACCAUCAUUUCACAUCCAAGGCCUAAUACCCUUUCCUUUGUGAAUACUGAAGCCAUCGGGAAUCCACAGAGACUAAAGUCAGCUUGGGCCGACACGUUGGCCUGUACAAAAAUAAUAUAUUUGAAUUGUAAAUGUAGCUCUCAUCAUUACAAAGUGCUUUAUUUUUAAAGAGAAAGUUAUGAGAGUUGAUUAGCUUCGCGCCAAAGGGUUCAGGCUACUGUGUUUCUAUAUCCUCGGUAAGGUUUUAUUUUCAAUACAGUUCGAUCGUCUUGAAGUCUUGAACAAUAGACUGAACCCCUUUGCUUGUCGUAGUCUGUUGGUUAGGCGGCGUGUAUACUGCGAUGCUACACGCAUUGGAAUCGAUACGUAUGUAAAGCCGCGUGCAUAACGUAGAUGUUCGCGCUACACUGUGCACCGGCGUUCUUCGUGUACCUAUUAACAGUAGAUUAAAGUUAUUAUUCAAAUCACAUUAUAAUUUGUGUAUUGGUUUGUGGGAAACAGCUGUGACCAAAUGGCAAGUUUGUAGUCACUCUCACCACUAGCUGUUAUAGGUAUACCACACCUGUCGUCCCAUUUUUUUUUUAUAUAUUUUUUUGGUUUUACUCAAUGGUGGUCUAGGUUUUGUAUUAUUAAUGUUAUUAUGAAAAUUAAACAUAAGUAAAAACCACCAGGCCUUAUAUCGAUGUUCAGUUAUAUACUAGUGCAAUAAAUUAUAUUUAAAUCCCGCAUGAGAUAUCAAUACUUUAAUGUACAAAAACCAUCAAAAUGCCGUAUUUGAAAAGUUGACUAUAUUGUUAUAUGUAUAUAAUGCUUUCAUAGACGACAUCGACAUGAGCCAGUUAAUUCAAAUCUACACUGGAUAAUUUGAGUGUUAUAAUUAUUAUAUUAAUGAUGAUAAAUAAAUAUUUUUUAGUACGUCUAGGUUUAGUUUAGGCAGAAUUAGUGGUACGAUGUUAUUAUUUUUGAGUAAUGUUUGAGCGUGCGACCAGGAGCCGGGCUCGAGUGCUAACACUUAAUUUCCCGACUAGCCAGUUCUAAACAAUGCAAUUACCUUGUAUCAUGUCACAGCGCUCGGCGGGCAAGAUGUUGCUUCUGUUGCGUUUCUCACCUUGAUUGAUGCCUUCACUAGAUAAUGUAAGUCAUGCGCGGCGGGGCCUCGUACAUCCAGUUUCAUUAUUUAUAGAGAUUAAUUUACUCGCGCCUCAUCAACGGCACCGCUGCGCCACUUAUUAUAUAUAAAUACGUCGCGUCGACUCUACACCGCGUUACGACUCCGUAACCAGUCGCGAGCCGCGAAUCGAUCGAUUCAUUCAAAUCAUUCCUAUCAUUAACAAUUUAUAAACAAUAAUUAAAAUUAGAUUGUUAUUUUUUUCUUUGAUAACAAACAAGAAUAUUAACUUAAAGCAAAAAGUUCAUUGUUCUAUUAGUAUUGUAUUUAUUCAUGUAUGAUACUGUUUCACUGAAUUUUAUUAUAGUAAGAUUAUAUUAAAUGAAUAAAUAAAAGAAAUCGAA